UCUCCACUUGCUCGCUCCUCUCUGCAGUCAGGGCACAGCAGACAGCUCCAGCGCACGCACUGCACCGCAAGACAGACAGCAGACACACACACAGACAUGUCUUACUCCAGCCGAAGCUACGUCUCCUCCUCCGGGGGUUCAAUGAGGGCCAGCGGUGGAUCCAUGGGCGGCUCACGCCUCUCCAUGGCCUCUGGCGGGUUCGGCGGUGGCGCCGGUGGCGGGCGCAUCAGCUCCAUGCGUGCGGGUAGCGUGUACGGGGGCGCAGGAGGGUCCGGGGUGCGCAUCUCCAGCGCGUCCAGCUCCUUCUCUGCCGGCGGCGGUGGUGGUGGCGGCUAUGGCGGCGGCUAUGGUGGCGGCUAUGGCGGCGGUGGCUUCAACCUGUCUAGCGCGGUGGACCACUCAGCCAACGAGAAGGCCACCAUGCAGAACCUGAACGACCGUCUGGCCACCUACCUGGACAAGGUGCGCUCCCUUGAGAAGGCCAACGCCGAGCUGGAGCUGAAGAUCAGACAGUUCCUGGAGAGCAAGACAUCCCCGGCUUCCCGAGACUACACUGCCUUCCAUGUGACCAUCCACGACCUCCAGGCCAAGAUCCAGGAGGCCUCCCGUCAGAGUGGCGGUAUCUACCUCAGCAUCGACAACGCAAAGCUCGCUGCUGAUGACUUCAGAGUCAAGUAUGAGAACGAGCUCGCCAUGAGGACAUCCGUGGAGGCCGACAUCGCCAACCUAAGAAGGGUGCUGGACGAGCUGACCAUGGCACGCUCUGACCUGGAGAUGCAGAUCGAGGGCCUGAGGGAGGAGCUUAUCUACCUCAAGAAGAACCAUGAGGAGGAGCUCCUGGCCAUGCGUGCCCAGAUGACCGGGCAGGUCCACGUGGAGGUCGACGCAGCACCUCAGGAGGACCUGACCAAGGUCAUGGCCGAGAUCCGUGAGCACUACGAAGCCGUGUCUGCGAAGAACCAGAGAGAACUUGAAUCUUGGUUCACGAGCAAGACCGAAACUCUGAACAAAGAGGUCAGCGUCCACACCGAGGUGCUGCAGACAUCACGGUCGGAAAUCAACGAAGUCAAGCGCACUCUGCAAGGGCUAGAGAUCGAGCUGCAGUCCCAACUCAGCAUGAAAGGGUCGUUGGAAGGAACACUGCAAGACACGCAGGCGCGCUACUCUUCGAUGCUCUCGGGCUACCAGAUGCAGGUGAGCAGCCUGGAGGAGCAGUUGACUCAGCUCCGCGGGGACCUGGAACGCCAGGGACAAGAGUACAGGAUGCUCCUGGACAUCAAGACCAGACUGGAGAUGGAGAUCGCAGAGUACAGAAGACUCCUGGACGGAGAAGCUGUCAGUACCUCCAGCAUCUCCAGCUCCAGCUCCAGCUCAACCACAACACGCAAGGUGGUGACCAUCGUGGAGGAGGUGGUGGACGGCAAGGUGGUCAGCUCCUCCAGCUCUUCUCAGUCCCUGAGUGCCACUCACUGAGUGCCACUGACACACUGCAACAACACAGCACCGGAAACAAGCCUACAAAAGUAGCGCCUCUCAAAAAACACCCCGACAGAGAACAAAAGAGAGAAACAAUAAAAAGUGCCCUGUGGUGUUCAAUCUUAAA